AUGCUGUUCUACCUCGGCUACGUGCCGUUCCUGCUCGUGAACAAGGCCAUUGAGGUGUACUACCUCUUUCGCUGGAAGGCGUUGGACCCGGUCGCGGCAGAGAUCCAGAAGGAGCAGCUAGCCGGCUGCAGCCUGAAGCACCCGGUCAUGCUGAUUUACUAUGGCGUGAUGGAGCAUCUGGAUCUCUUCACAGAUGUAGUCUUCACAGCGACGUCCUACGCGGCCGGCUACAAGACGCUGGCCGCCGUUAGUGCGGUUUCAUUGAUUACCGCGGUGGUGGUGCAGCUGACUUGCUCCGGCGCUUCCGGUCUGGCUAUGGUGGUUAAGGGCCGCAAUGUCUACAUCCCGCUCGUCCAGGUGUGGAUGGCCUGCGAGCUGCAGGGCAUGGCUUGGCUGGGCCAGACCACCUACGUCGCACGAUUCGGAAAGGGCGACAAGGUCUUCGAUAUGGGCCUUGCCAGCAACCGGCACUUCGCGACGAUCAUCUGUGAGCAGUUGCCGCAGAUGAUUCUGCAAUCGAUCUACUUCCGCUUGACGCUGGAAGACCUCACCAUACAGGCCUGCCGGGUCCCUAUGCCCGUGUUUAAAAACUCUCUGUGUGUGUAUAAAUACUAUGUACAUGUACAUGUACAUAUAUGCAUAUGCAGAUGCACACACAUCAUUUUUAUCAUUGUAGUUAACAUUAUGUUUGCCGUUAUCUUUACAUUUGGUCUUUAUGUUUUCGGUUUUAUUUGUAUCGAUCUUCAUCCUUAUCUUUAUCCACAUUGCUUCUUCUUUAUCUGUAUCUAUAGACACGUAAAGCGGACAAGUGGGAAAGCAGAGGCAGAUGGAUGCAGGGAUGAAAGCAUGUAG